UUGGGUUAGUAUAAAUAAUAAACGCCGUCGUGGUCAUAGGCAGAAGCAAUUUGUGCUCCGAACUAAGAGAACCUCAACAACAAACUAAAGAUGCGCGCCUUCAUCGUAAUGUGCCUCGUGGCAGUCGCCUGCGCCGAUAAGCUCGGCUACAACUACCAGCCCGUGGGCCACUCCAGCUCCGGUCUGUCCUUCGCUCCUGGAAGCGGAAGCAUUGGAGGUGGUUCCAUCGGCGGCGGUUCCAUUGGAGGAGGAAGCAUUGGAGGUGGCUCUAUCGGAGGUGGCCUUAUUGGAGGUGGUUCCAUUGGCGGCGGUUCAAUCGGCGGUGGCUCUAUUGGUGGUGGCAUCGAUUCCGGUCUUGGCGGUCUUGGUGGACUCAGCGGUCUGGGAGGUGGCGAUGCUCUGAGCGCCCCUGUCUCCUACAACGCCCCCGCUCCCUCUGCCGAACUUGAGAAAGAGUUCUUCACCUUUUCCGCCAACGAACAGGACUUCGAUGAGCCACAGGAACUGGAGCGUGUUGCUGGAUCCGUCAACAAGGGACUGCGUGUGGUCUUCAUUAAGGGACCCGAGAACCGUGGACUGGAGAACGCUGCUCUGGCUCUGGCUAAGCAGGCUGCCCAGCAGGAGACUGCCAUCUAUGUCCUCAACAAGCAGGCUGACAUUGGAGAUCUUGCCCAGAAACUGAACGCCAUUCGCAACAACAACAACAACAAGCCCGAGGUGCACUUCGUCAAGUACAGGACUCCUGAGGAUGCUGCCAAUGCCCAGCGCGCCAUCCAGUCGCAGUACGACCAGUUGGGAGGAUCCUCCCAGGCUCAUGAUGGUGGUGUGGCCCCCGCUCUGAACUUUGCCUCCGCCGGUCCAGUCCAGAAGGCCAACGCCCAGAUCCCCGACAACGCCUACCUGCCCACUUCGGUCUUCCGUCGCCUGCGUUUCUAAGAAGGCUGCCCUUUGGACUUUAAUAACUUAAGCAAAUAUCUACUGAAGAUUUCAUUCUUCCUGUUACACGUUGUUGACUAAUGCAUAAUUACACAAAUAAAUUUGAAAUUUAAAAACAAAA